AUGACGCUCGUUACGGUGCCUUCAACGUCUCUUAUCACUGCUGCUACAGCCAGCGACGAUGCUUCAGCAGACGCUCACUACACAACCGGACAUGCUACCGCCGUCGGUGCUACUGUUGAGACGGCACCCGCGUUUGAGGAACCGCCGCUCUCGCGUCAGCGGAGGGAGACGGAGGAGCUUUUGUUGGCGGUUAACUCGAGCGUGCUGCUGCGGAUUCUGUCUGACGUCAGCCUGUCUGCGGAGGACCUCGCGCGCCUCGAGCUCGUGUGCGGGUUCUUCCGCCGCCCCGCGCAUCUGACUCCGCAUCCGCGCCUCUCGCUGGCGGAAGUGGCGGCGCACGACCGCUGCCAGCAGCACUCCCUGCGCUUCCGCAUGCUGCCGCGCGCGCAGCAGCGCCUGCUGUGGGCGCGCUGCGGACGUUCGUGGAAGCUUCUGCUGCGCUUUCUUAUCACCAGCGACGCCUGCAUCAGGCACGGGCAGCCGCAAGUGGCAGCGGGGUGUGCGCACAGCGUCGCGGUGGGGCGCGGUGGAGAGGUGUGGACGUUCGGGCAUGGGUCAGCAGGGCAGCUGGGGAGACCCCUGGCUUCUGCUACCAGUGCGACUGGAAGUGCUGGUGGUGCUGCUGCUGGUGGUGCUGCUGGUGUUUUCGGUGCUGGUGGUGUUGGUGGCUUUGCCGCUGUUGCUGCUGCCGGUGGUGUCGGUGGGUUUGCUGGUCUUGCAAACGAUGUGACAACCACUCUAGCAACCACCGCAACGGGGGCUGUGACUGUGACUUUACGGAGUGGGAUUGAAAGGGGGCUGGUGGGGAGCGGUGACGCGUCCGUGGAACCUUCCUGGAAGCCUCAGAUUGUGAGAUCGCUGCUAGGAGUGCGGGUGGUGCAGGCAGCGGCAGGCCGGGCGAGGACCAUGCUGGUCUCGGACACAGGCUCGGUGUAUCACUUCGGCAGGGACUGCUUUGGCGACCAGGAAUACUCCCUCACCUCCCCCGAGCCUGUCACCGAGCCUCGGCUCGUGCAUUCGCUUCGGCACAUUCAAGUCGUCCAGGUGGCGUUGGGGAAUUUCUUCACAGCAGUGCUCUCAGCUGAGGGCCGCGUCUUCACUCUCUCUUGGGGCGGCCGGGGGGACAGCAGACGCACCACCGUCACUGCUGCUGCUGCUGCUGGUGCUGCCGCUGCCGCUGCCGCUGCUGCUGCUCCUGCUGCUGCGGCUGCCGCUUUCCCUGUUGCUGCUGUUUCCGCGAAUUCUGAUGCUGAUGGUGAUGCGAGCCAGAGCUUUAAUAAUGCUGUGGCAGCAGGCAGUGAGAUCCGAGGCGAGAGGCUCGGGCACGCCACCGACCCUGCGGAUACUGUGCCUCGGCAGCUGGCUGGGCCUGGGAUGAGCGCCGUGCUUGGGCUGGGUGGAGGGGGGAGGGGAGGGGUUUGUGUGGGGAGGAAGGGGAGGUUGAGGGGGAAGGCGGGAAAAGGGGUGGGAAUGAAAGGGAAGGGGUUGGCAGGUUGUUGUGGAGUCACAGGGUGUAGUGUGGGCUUGGAUGUUGGUUCUUCUAGCGGUGCUGGUGCUGCUGGUGUUGCUGCUGGUGCGGGUGCUGGUGCUGGUGGUGCUGGCUGUGGCAGCUGCAAGUGUGGUGAAACGCAUAUGGAGAUGGAGAAAAUGGUGGAAGGAUGGGGAGAGGAGAACAAAGAAGAGGAGGAAAAGGAGGAGGAGGAGGAGGAGGGCGGGAUAGUGUCACUUCCAGUGGUGCAGAUAGCAGGGGGGCACUGCUACUUGCUCGGAUUGACUUGCGCCAAGGAACCUCACGGCAGGUCUGUCUGGUCCAUUGGCUGUGGUCUGGGCGGCAAGCUAGGCCACGGCACAAAGUACGACGAACGCCGCCCGAAAGAGAUCGCACACUUUAAAACCCUGGAGUUCGCCCCCACAGCCGUUGCUGCAGGCGCGUGGCAUGCUGCUGCUGUUGCUGCUGACGGUAGAGUUGCCACGUGGGGGUGGGGCAGGCACGGGUGCCUGGGGCAUGGGAAGGACCAGUGUGAAACGCUGCCCAGGGUAAUUGAGAACUUGUGUCAAAAGGAGGGGGGUAGGAGUGGUGGGGUGGAAGGGGGUACGGCGGUGGGGGUUGGUGCUGGUGCUGGUGCGAAUGAUGGUGCUGCUUCCGGUGCUGCUUCUGCUUCUGCUGCUUCUGCCCCUGCUGGAUCAGAGGCAGCUGCCUGCAGGGAUGAAUCGCACGGCUCACGUGACACGGCCAGCCACAAGCUCCAUCCAGCCGUUAAAGCAUGCCACGUGGCAGCAGGGGAUUACACGACGUUUGUGGUGGGGGAGGGCGGCAAGGUGUGGUCGUUUGGGAGCGCGGAGAGCGCGUGUUUGGGGCAUGGAGGCGGGUGGGAGAGGGGGGAGGAGGAGGAAGGCGAGGAGAUGGACGAUGCUGAUUUGCACGAUAUCGUGGAUGUGAUGCAGCCCAGGCGGGUGUCUCUGCCGGAGGAGCGAGCUGCCCACCCCCCUGCUGCUCUCCCCCCUGCUUCUUUUUCCCCUCCUGCAUUGCCUCUCCCUUACACUGCCCACUUCCCCACCCUUUGCCAGUUGAGGCAGCAUCGGAGGCGCAAUCGGGAUGUGAUGCAGCCGCGGCGGGUGACUCUGCUGGAAGAGCGAGCUUCCCACCCACCUGCUCCUCUACCCACUGCGCCUGGCGCCGCUCCUGCUGCUCCUGCUGCUAGUCCCGCUGCUGAUGCUGCUGGUGCUGCUGGUGCUGCUAGUACUGCUGCUGAUGCUGCUGAUGAUGCUUCUACAGCACUCCAGUCUACUGCCAACCCGCUUGUUCCUGCUUCUGCUGCCACCCCUCCUGAUGCUUCAAGUCCUGUUGCGGCCACUGGUGCUGCCGCCACACUGCUAUGUCGGGGGCCUGCUGGGGCAUGGCAAGGGGGCAUGAGAGGGCUGUUCACGUGGGGCAGUCUGCCCGCUGCUGCCACUGCAGGACGAGGGAGAGACUCUGCAACGACUCCUUAUGCUGCUGCUGAUGCUACCCAUACUUCUGCUGCUAAUGCUGCUGCUAAUACUACUACUGCUGCUGCUGCUGCUGCUGCUGCUGCUGCUGCUGCUGUUGCUGGGCAGCUGGGGGCGCCCCCUGCUGCAGGGGACACCUCUUUCCCCCAGUUCGUAAAGGGGCUGGUUCUUUGA